AAUGUAUAGGUGACAUUAAAAGGAGGAAACAGGUGAGGACACACCUGGGGACUGGUUGGAGAGAAACGGGGGGCGGAACUUCUUGUUUUGGGCAGGUGUCACUCAGAGCUGAUUGGACGACAGCUACCUGGAACAAGGAACCAGAGAGACAGACAGUAUGGUGGCUGACAGACUGACUCUUCUAACAGACUCCUCUGAAACUAAAGGAGCAGCAGCUCUGAGAGCUCAGUGAGCUGCCAGCCUCUGCUGUUCAGAGGUGGGGGGGGGGGGGGAACAGGCAUCUCUUCAUCCUUAUCUGACCAUAGGAGUGUGAUCUACACGGGGCCGGGUUGGAUGCUGCUUGCUGGGCGAUCAUCAGCGCUGCUCAGUCUACGGGAGGAUUCAAGGAGCUGCAGUGCUUCAGCGGGGUCAUGGCCGGAUUACAGCAUCCACGCCUCUGUUCUAUCAUCUGUGUCUCCACCGUUUUACUCCUCAUCCUCCUCAGCCAAGCAUUAAGAGACAGACGGCAGGAAGGGAGACACAGAAGAGACGUCCUGGACUCCACAGAAAUCCCAGCGGAGCACAUCGAUCCGGCCGCCAUCGACCUCACUCCCCUGGUCAAUACUUUAAUAAAUAACAGCCAAUCGGGCUCGCGGCAGCUCUUCUCCCUCCUCAGCGUGACGUCCUACAGCUCCCUGGCUCUCCAUAAACUCACCCUGCUGCUCUACAACAUUUCCAGCAUCAGAAGUUUAGAAAGCAACAAGUUCAGGAGACGGUUCUGUUACUGUGUCACUAAUGAGACCAACGAUCUGACAGACUUUACGGCCAUACUGUUGGAUGUGAUGGGAAACUCCACCAGUUACCUGCAUGAGCUCUUUAAAUCUGCCUCCAUACUAUCAGUGAGCCAGAGGAACAACUCCGACUGUAUCUACAUCUGUGUGAUGGCCGGUAAGAUGGGCAGAGACGUGCCGGAGCUUUGGGAGGUCGGAUCCAUCACGCCGCUCUUCAACCAGACCAUCGUGGAGGGACCGCACAGAGUAGGUAACAUCUCCUCCUUCAGACUGCCUGUCGCAUGGAACCAACUGCCCACGAAUCUGAGUCACAUCUCUCCAUCUGGGAUGAGCUCCAUGUUAACCAGCAGAGUCCAUUCCACCGAACAUGUUUCACCAACAUCUAUGGAUGAAGCUGCUGCUACAACAGAAAAGAUGACCACCGCCCAGCCGCUGGCACCAGCUCCACAACCUGCAACCAUCAUACCACAAAGUCAGACUACAGUGGAGACGACACUGAAAGUAUCGACGCAUGCAGUGAUGACCGCACAGACAACCGCUACUAUUUCACAACCAAUGACGACGCUGCAAGUCACCACUGUUACAAAAUCUGCAUCCCCGACCACAGUAAGAGCUCCAUCAACCACAGUAGGAGCUCCACCAACGACAUCGACCACAGUAGGAGCUCCACCAACAACAUCGACCACUGUAGGAGCUCCAUCAACCACAGUAGGAGCUCCACCAACGACAUCAACCACCGUAGGAGCUCCAUCAACCACAGUAGGAGCUCCAUCAACCACAGUAAGAGCUCCAUCAACCCCAGUAGGAGCUCCAUCAACCACAGUAGGAGCUCCAUCAACCACAGUAAGAGCUCCAUCAACUACAGUAGGAGCUCCAUCAACCACAUCUACCACAGUAGGAGCUCCAUCAACCACAGUAGGAGCUCCAUCAACCACAGUAGGAGCUCCAUCAACCACAGUAGGAGCUCCAUUAACCACAGUAAGAGCUCCACCAACCACAGGAAGAGCUCUAUCAACCACAAAAGGAGCUCCAUCAACUACAUCUACCACAGUAGGAGCUCCAUUAACCACAGUAGGAGCUCCAUCAACCACAUCAACCACAGUAGGAGCUCCAUUAACCACAGUAGGAGCUCCAUCAACCACAUCAACCACAGUAGGAGCUCCAUUAACCACGGUAAGAGCCCCUUCGACAACAGUAAGAGCACCAUCAACCGUUAGCGCUCCAACAACCACAGUAGGAGCCCCUUCGACCACAGUAAGACCUCCAUCAACCAUUAGAGCUCCAACAACCACAGUUAGAGCACCAUCGACCACAGUAAGACCUCCAUCAACCAUUAGAGCUCCAACAACCACAGUUAGAGCACCAUCGACCACAGUAGGAGCCCCUUCAACCACAGUAGGAGCCCCUUCAACCACAGUAGGAGCACCAUCGACCACGGUAGGAGCACCAUCAACCAUUAGAGCUCCAUCAACCACAUUUAGAGCUCCAUCAACCACAGUAGGAGGUCCAUUAACCACAGUAAGAGCACCAUCAACCAUUAGAACUCCAUCAACCACAUUUAGAGCUCCAUCAACCACAGUAGGAGGUCCAUCAACCACAGUAAGAGCACCAUCAACCAUUAGAGCUCCAUCAACCACAGUAGGAGCUCCAUCAACCACAGUAAGAGCACCAUCAACCGCAAGUGCAACCCAACCGGCCGCAGCGUCAACCAAACCCACGCAGUUCUCACCAGUUAUUAGUCUGACCCGGCUAAUCUCAACUACACACCAGCCAAGUACCACCAGCCAGCACACGACUUCCACAGUUCAUCCCACAAGACUUUCAGCUGUCCGACCCACAGCAGGACCUACAGUGGCUAGAAGGACUACAGGGCCCCUUAGCAGGAGAACUACAACACCCAGCAAGCCUGUGGCGACAGAAAAACCAGGUUGUCCUUGGAGGAAGCCGGAGCGGACCGACGUCUCGCUGUCCGGCAGCACGACGACCGUCGGCGCUCACAAGCUGCAGCCGUGCGUCCUCGAGCUCUGCAAGUUCUUCUCUCAGUGCCUCUGCAGACCCUCCGGCCACAAGACGCGCAUGAAAAGAUACUGCGACGACAGCCACCUCUGGUAUGUGAAACACACGUCUGAGGUGUGUCGGCGGGUCAGGAGAGUCUCCUUCUCCAGAAAUCUGAAGCAGAGAUGCCUGACAAAGAUGUGCAGUAAACUGUGACCAGAGAGGAAGCGGGAGGGAAACAAAGGGCCGUUCAUCAUCACAGGAAGUCACCGAACUCACCGAACCUACAGCUGAGUACACUUCAGGAGCAUCGGGAGAAUGUAUGGAAACAGAAUCUGGAGAUUUCUAAAUCUGGGAUGUGUUUGGAAAACUAGAAACACACCUGUCAUAUUGUGACGUUUCUCACUAUAAUCUACACAGUGAUGUGAUUUUAGUCUUUAGGGGCCAAGAGGACUAAAUGUAUGACUCAUACCGGACACCAAAAUCUGGAAUCCUGAGACUGUCCUGCAUUAUUUAUAUAAAAAAAAAAAAAUCAUAUUUAAAACCAAGCUCUUCAAAUCAAUUGAAGAUUUUAACGUUCGGAAAAAAACAUUCUAAAGUAACCCAUUUUUGAUUUUUUUUCUUGUGUCAGUUUAAUAAAAGUCUGGCUAAUUUUCCCAGC